UUUUGGAAUUCAUAUCAUUCUGAUUUUGUCGUAUUUUUAUGAUUUAGUCGAUUUGUAAACAGUAAACGAUGUUUUUACUACAUCAGUUACUAUUUAAUAUAUUAUUAUCCGUCAUAAAACCUCCUAAAAGUGCUUGUGCUUUUGACUGUUAACUCGUUUUAAUGUUGAAUCUAAAGUCUUAUAAAAAUGUAUGCAGUAAAAAGGGAAACCGAAGAGGUACUAUGCCACGGAUGCCUCAGUGGAAACCGGAGGCUAUCGCCCUUGACGAAUUACGAAAUGUAUUUCUGUGUCUUAGGAAAUAAACAAACGCUGGAGGAAUACAAAUACCUGAAUAUUCUUCUAUGCUGGGAGUGUCAGGCGCUGCUGCGGCGUACGCAGGAGUUCCGGAACACUCUGCAACGCGCGCAGUACUUGCUGUCAGUGGCUGACACCGAGCAGGUUUCACCAGAAUCUUUAUCCACACUAAGACACAAACACAAUCAGGAAUAUGACUACAGCAUAGAAGAAUCCAUAUCCAUAGAGUCCAAAAACGAAGUAGAAUUAUUAAUAGACAACACAGAAACACUCAUAAAAGAAGAAAUAGAAGAUAAUUUGGAGACUGACAAUUUUGACACUUACAGUGAUAAAGAUAAUAUUAAAGAAGAAAACGAGAUAAAAAACGAUAAAAAGACAAAAAAAUAUAAGAAGGAUACAGAAAAAAGGGAAUUUAAGAAAAUAGAUAACGGAUUGGACUUGAGUAAUCCCGAGAAGUAUUUUAGUGAGAUAUGUCUGAGCGAGAAGGAGGUAGAAGAGAUAUUAGAGAGAGAAAGAGAGGAAGAUGUCAGUCGGCCGCACAAGUGCGCGACCUGCGGGUUUUGGUUUUGGAGCAAAACUGAUGUGUAUGACCAUAAGAAGACUAUGCAUAGACAGCGAACGAAACUAGGAAAAUGUCCCCAAUGCGCGUUCCCCUACAAGACCCAGUGGGACUUAGAGCUGCACAGCUGGCGAUCUCACCCAGUCAACCGGUGCUCGCUGUGCAGACGCGUGGUCGCGAACCGCGAAAAGGCGAAACAUUUGGCUGUGCAUAAGUUUACAUAUCGGUGCUUGAAAUGUGGAGCUGAUUUUGAAAACAAGCAAUGUUACCAUCACCACGAGAAGCAAUUGCAUUCCAAGUACAUCUGCGCGCAUUGCGAUCGCACCGUUAAUACUAAAAAGGCUUUGGAAAAACAUGUUAUUCGGCACCACCUGCCCGCCUCGUGCUCGUACUGCGGUGUGCGCUUCCCCACGUGGGAGCGCCUCCGCCGCCACGCGCGCGACGCGCACGAGCGCACCGGCCCCGCCUACUGCGUGGAGUGUGACCGCAGCUUCAUCAACACCGCCAAGUACAGGCGCCACCUCAGCCAGUCGCAGAGACACCGGCCGCAGAAGAAAAUCAGGGUUCGGGACCCUAUUAAUAAGACUCCACUGUACGUCUGUCUGUCUGUCCGCACGAGCGCACCGGCCCCGCCUACUGCGUGGAGUGUGACCGCAGCUUCAUCAACACCGCCAAGUACAGGCGCCACCUCAGCCAGUCGCAGAGACACCGGCCGCAGAAGAAAAUCAGACUCCACUGCCCGUCUGUCUGUCUGUCCGCACGAGCGCACCGGCCCCGCCUACUGCGUGGAGUGUGACCGCAGCUUCAUCAACACCGCCAAGUACAGGCGCCACCUCAGCCAGUCGCAGAGACACCGGCCGCAGAAGAAAAUCAGCGUCCCUUGUCCCGAGUGCGGCAAGGUGUUCUCCCGCAAGAACUACAUGAACAACCACAUGAAGCUGUUCCACUCCAACCAGUCGCGCCAUCACUGUCCGCUCUGCGACAAGUACUUCGUGAACGGCUGGGGGCUCCGCACGCAUCACAAAUUCGUCCACGAGAAGAUCCCAUUGCCGAAGACGAAGAUCUGCAGCGUGUGCGGCCGCGGGUUCGGAACAAACCGCGUGCUAGAGAACCACAUGCGUACGCACACGGGCGAGCGGCCGUUCUCGUGCGCGCACUGCCCGGCCGCCUUCGCGCAGCGCGUCGCGCUCAAGGCGCAUCUCGCCGCCAUACACAAAGAAAAGUGACGGAGUAUUCUACAAGACCCCCCUCCUCAUUAGCACGUGAAUCACGGUGUGAAGCC